GCUCCCAUAGGCACCUUUCUGUCCAGAGGGGGGAAAAGCAUCCUUCACUAUUUGGCAUCCCAGGAUAGUUCUUCCUUUCCAACUCCUCACCCGCAGCAGGAAGAAUGGUGCUAAGGGACACCACUGGUGGGUUUCUGAGCAUGAAUUCAAGCAUCCCUGCCCAGUUGACCGAAAUCACAACCCUUUCUGCGGCAUCUGACAAGGCGUUCCGGAUCCUGUACUGGCUGAUACUUGGCAUUGCCCUGGUUGGGAUACUGGGAAAUGGGACUGUGUUUUGGUUCCUUGGUUUCCACAUGCAUAAAAACACUUUCUACACCUACAUCCUCCAUCUGACUGUGGCCGACUUCCUUUUCCUUUGCUGCCAAGUUGUGGAUUCACUGAUGUUUCUAACUGGAUCCUUCCCUGCUAUCUCUAUGAACACCCCUGAGUCUAAAUUCUUAAUUACUAUGGAAGCCAUUCUCUACCUUGUGGACCUGGGCAUCCUCAGCACCAUUAGUGCUGAGCGCUGCCUAUCUGUCCUUUGGCCCAUCUGGUACCGCUGCCACAGACACAAAAGCCUGUCAACUAUCAUGUGUGCCCUCAUCUGGGCCCUGUCCCUGCCCCUGGGCAUACUGGAAGUAAACAGUUGUCUCUCCACUGUUAGUUAUAGUGAAAAUAUUUGGUGUCAGAUAUUUAACUCCUUUGCUGCAGCAUGGCUGCUGCUUUUAUUUUUGAUUCUCUGUGGAUCCAGCCUGGCUCUGCUGCUCAGGGUCCGUAGCUCACAGAGGUUGCCCAUGACUCGGCUGUAUGUAACCAUUCUCCUCACAGUGCUAGUCUUCGUGCUCUGUGGUCUGCCCUGUGGUAUUACUUGGAUCUACUUAAUGGGGAAUGAAAUUUUUUCAAGCAAUUAUAGUUUCCAUUUCCAAGUGGUUACGUUUUUCCUGUCCUGUGUUAACAGCAGUGCCAAUCCCAUCAUUUACUUCUUCGUGGGUUCCUAUAGGCUGCAGCAGCGAGGACAGUCGCUCAAGGAGGUUCUCCAGAGGGCCCUACAAGAUACUCCUGAGGUGGGUGACAGUGGACACAGCCUGCCCCAGCGAACCGUGAAGAUAUCAGUGAUCAACCAGGCAUAGAGUGACCUGGAUGGCUUUCAGAACCAGCUUUGUCCCCAUCAGUUCAAGAAAUUCUUUUAACCUCUGUCAACUUCAGACCCUGAUCUUCAAACAGCUGAGACAAUUAUCUUCCUCAUGAAGAAAAGUGAAUAAGUAGACAACACACAUUGGCCAGAUGUACAUAUAGUGUCUCUCAGCCCUCUCUCCUUAGAGGCUUCAUCCUAUAUCAUGGGAGAUUUUGGACACCAGAAAUAAGGACUGUAAUUUGUAAAUUUCCACCUUGCACAGAAGGCUUGAAACAGUGCAGGAAAAUCCUGAAUUCCUUUGACUGACAGAAACUAAAAAAGUGCUCCAUUACUCACAAAUAUCUUUUGUGUAUGC